AUCCGAUCAGGUGAUAACAUCACAUCUCUUCUACGUCACACGGCGCUUCCUGUCCUGAUUAGCAGAUCCGUCUGGUCUGAGAUGAUACGAAUCGUUAUUGGACAAUUUCAAAUCAUCCGUUUGACGUGACAGUGUAGGUCGUAUUGUGACAUCACGGAUUGCAAAUGGCGGCCGCAUUUAAAGGGUUGUUAACCGUAUUCGAUUUGUUAGAGUAUUAUAACAAAGCCGAAAGGUAGUAUAGAAUAAUAAACAUGAAGUGUAAAAAUAGUUUGGUGUUGAGAGCAAUCUGUCUUUUCACCACGGGUGCAUUUCUCUCUUUGGUUUUGAAUAUGCUUCAGAUUCAGCAUCAUCUUCCAUCCUUCAAACACAAACUGGUAUUAAAACUCCUCUAUUCAUCCUGGUGGGUUCCCACGAUUUGUGGAAUUGGAUCGGCAAUUGUAGGAUUGUUGUAUCCGUGCUUUGACAGUAAACUUGGUGAACAACUUUUGGAAUCGCCAGAAUGGUCAAAAGUGAUGAGAUGCAUCACGCUAUUUGUUGGCAUUAAUCAUGCUACCACAAAAAUAAACUUUUCUAGCAAUUUAGAACUGUCAAUAUCUUUGGCAGUUUUGUCAAUAGGUCUGUGGUGGGUGUUCGAUCGCACCCGCAGUGGUUUUGGAAUGGGAAUUGGCAUUGCCAUUCUGGCGACACUGAUGAUUCAGAUGUUAGUACAGCAUGAAUUCUGCAAAUUUACAGAGAGAGAAUUUUUAUACAUCAGAUCGUGGCUUCCUUCCAUUGUCUUUUCUGGAGGUGUUACAAUAGGAAACAUUGGACGAAAAUUAGCAUUAAUCGAGGAAGAGAAUGGAUCUAAAAAACAUCAGGAGUAAAUGAAGCAUUGAGUGAAGAAGAUUUUAUUAGAAUUUGUAGUCAGGGACUGUUUUUUUGUAUUAUUUAUUACUUUUAUAAAUAUAAACUGGCUUGUACAUACGUUUAAACACAAAUGUGCUUUUGCACAAUGUAUAUAAAUUCGGAAAAAUAAAUAAUUUAUUGGA